AUGGGUAGAGUGCGAACAAAGACAGUUAAGAGGGCAGCUCGUCUAAUUGUAGAGAAGUAUGUAUCAAAGCUAACAUUAGACUUUCAAACAAAUAAGAAGAUAUCUGAAGAGGUAGCCCAUAUUCCAACAAAACGUCUCAGAAAUAAAAUUGCAGGAUUUGUUACCCACUUAAUGAGAAGAAUACAAAAGGGGCCAGUGCGUGGUAUCUCUCUCAAAUUACAAGAAGAGGAAAAAGAACGCCGUAUGGAACGUUUGCCUGAUAAAUCUGAAGUUGAACCAGAUAUAAUCCUUGUAGAUCAAGAUACAAAGGAUAUGCUUGUAGGAUUAGGUUUAGAUAUUCCUGUGGAGGUUGUAUCACCGGUGCGUGUAUUUCAAGGGAAAUCUGGUAGACAUUAA